AUAAAAAAAGAAAAAAGAAAAAAGGGGGAGAGUCGUCAAAUGAAGCUUUUAGCCGCCAUUAAUCUUCCCCUUCUCUCUCAUCCCAUGUAUGCACAUAUACACAGCUAUAAUAGUAACUUAGUUUGUGCCAGAAUCAGACGAUACACGACCAUGGCGGCCUCAACCUCUGCUUACCAGAAGCUCCUAAGCGUUGGUACUAAGAUCGUCGCCGUCGGCCGCAACUACGCCGCUCACGCCAAGGAACUCGGCAACGCCGUCCCCAAGGAACCGGUGUUGUUUCUGAAGCCGACGUCGUCGUAUUUGGAAAAUGGAGGCACGAUCGAAAUUCCGCAUCCCUUGGAAUCGCUCGAUCAUGAGGUGGAGCUUGCCGUUGUGAUCGGUCAAAAAGCUCGCGAUGUUCCUGAGGCCACUGCUAUGGAUUAUGUUGGAGGUUAUGCACUUGCACUGGAUAUGACUGCAAGGGAAAUCCAGUCUUCUGCCAAGUCUGCAGGUCUUCCAUGGACUGUAGCUAAAGGACAGGAUACCUUCACACCAAUCAGUUCUGUUCUGUCCCCGGCGAUGGUGCCAGACCCUCACAACUUGGAAUUGUGGUUAAAGGUGGAUGGAGAAAUUCGGCAACAAGGGCCAACCUGUGACAUGAUUUUUAAGAUCCCAUUUCUUAUCAGCCACAUAAGUUCUAUCAUGACGCUUCUUGAAGGAGAUGUUAUUCUAACAGGCACUCCUCAAGGUGUUGGCCCUGUUAAAACAGGUCAAAAGAUAGACGCUGGUAUAACAGGUCUCUUGGAUGUGCAUUUCAAUGUUGAAAAACGCCAAAGACCCAAAAGUUGCUGAACUGACCACCUUAACUGCUUUUGUGAUAUUGUCAAGUGACCUUGCCUAGGACCUCUGGGUCCUACUUCUAGUCGACUCUCUGACAUAUUUCAUCAAGCUGUCGCUCUUAGGUGCUCCAAAUGAAGGUUUAAUUGUUAUUGUUUCUGACCUUGAACCAUUCUUGUGGAGUGAAAAUAAGUGGAAUAAUGAAAAACUCUGAAGAGCCUUGUAUCUGAAUCAUUUACUGAUCUUGAGAGAGUUUGUUGAGUGGUUAGUUAACAGGGUGAUCUCAAUUCUAUCCAAAAUGGGUAUAAGACAUACCAAUAACUUACUUUCUUUGACCUGGUUAUGGAUGGAGAGUCUUGUGCACGGGAUGCAAUCCAUAUAGUUUAAACUAUUUCUUCAUUCCUAGUAUUAUUAUG